CUCCGCCCCGUUGCCAUGGCGACAGCAAAGGGCGGGGCCGCAACCCUGCGCGCCCCCUCUGUGCGCUCGCGGCCCCGCCCGCGUUGCCAUGGAGCCGCUUCCAGUCCCCCGGGCGCAUCCCGGCCCGUGGCUCAGACCGGGCGGCGGUCAAGCGGAGCCAUGGGGGCGUCCCGGGUGGCUACACCGAUCGAGCCCCAGCCCGAGCCCGAACCCGAGCCCGCGGCGCCGCGCCGGCGCGUCUACCACCACACGCUGCUCUUCUACUGGAGGAAGCGGCAGCGCCGCCGCCCAGGGCGCAAGCCCGUCUCGGGCCACGGAUCCCGGCCCCCCCCUGCCAGCCGCCCCCGCCGGGCCCGCCGGGCCCGCCGAGCCGCAGCCGCCGCCACCCCCGCUCGCUCCCGCCCGGCUCGCCCCGCCGCCCCGCCGGCUCCCGUCCCCGCCCCCGCCGCCAGCCCCGCCCCCGCGCCCGUCCCCGCCGCCCCCGCGCCCGGCUCCUGUGGCCGCGCCCUCGCGGCGGCGCGCGCGCUGGCCUGGGGCCCGAGCUGGCGGCGCCUGUGGAGGCCGCGCUGGCCCGUCAGCCUCUGCGCGGGCAACAUGGCGGCGCCCAGCGGGCCCAGCCGCUCCGGGGGCAGCGGCGGCCUCCUUUCCUUCCUGCCGGGUGGCGCGCGCUCCGAGGUCACGGACGACAUGGACACCGACGCGCGCGGCCGGGGCGCGGGCCGCAGAGAUGCUGCUCCGGCCCCCGCGGCUCAGGUCGCCGAGGACACCGCCCGGAGGCGACCCUGCCGGGCCUGCGUCGACUUCAAGACGUGGAUGCGGACGCAGCAGAAGAGGGACGGCAAGUUUAGGGAAGACUGUCCUCAGGAUCGCGAGGAACUGGGCCGCCAGAGCUGGGCCGUUCUCCACACCGUGGCCGCCUACUACCCCGAUCUGCCCACCCCAGAACAGCAGAAAGACAUGACCCAGUUCAUCCAUUUAUUUUCCAAGUUUUAUCCGUGCGAGGAGUGUGCUGAAGACAUAAGGCAGAGGAUAUACAGGAACCAGCCGGACACACGCACACGGGUGGGCCUCACCCAGUGGCUCUGCCGCCUGCACAAUGAGGUGAACCGCAAGCUGGGCAAACCAGACUUCGACUGCACACUAGUGGACGAACGCUGGCGUGAUGGCUGGAAGGAUGGCUCCUGCGACUAGAAGAAGACUGACCAUGGCUUGGGGUGUGGGCGCUCAUUAAAGUGCUCAGAGCCGUGGCUUAUGCGUCUCAGUGGGGUGGAACUGGGAUGUGGCCCUUUCCUUCAUGGGUUUGGAAGCGGGGCGAGUCUGUGGCAGGCUCCCACGGACCUCCUUAAUCAGGCUCAUGGACUGCAGGCCAAGGAGGUAGCAGCCCAGGCUGUCUGUCACCACUCAGGAUUUGCUCCCUUGCUCAGUCUGCUCCCAGCUCCCACUUCCCACACAGGAAGGUGAUAACUAGACGGGGCCCCAUCCCUUUGCCUGAGGCCGGCCAGGCCUUCACUUUAGGUGUGGGUACAGUGGCCAGGAAGUAGCUUGAGCUACUGUGUGCAGUGUGCUAGGAGGAAGGAAGCCCCAACUGAGCUCCCUGUUCUGUCAGGGAUUGUCUAAGGGCCUCCCAACCGUACAACCUUCCAGAACUGAAACAAGCCUGUCAGUGGCUUGGUGGAACCAGCUUCCUUAAGAGCCUGAGACCAAAAUAAAGUGCUAAGACUUGUC